GUCCACGGGGUCAACGUGCCACAAUCUCAGGCUUCUAAACACCAAACUGACACUGAUGAAAGUAUUCUUCGAUUCGAACUCUGCUAAUCAAACGCAGAAAAUUCAAAUGUUUACUCGUAUCUUCUCCCUGUGUGCGUUCUUCUUAUACUUCGGCCUCACCCCUUGCUUCGCAAGAGACACCAUAACGUACGACAGCCCGAUUAACAGUUCGGGAGUGCCGCUUAUUAUCUCCGCCACCGGAAAAUUCGCACUCGGGUUUUUCACCCCCAACAAUGGAAGCUCCCACGGCAACCAAUACGUCGGCAUCUGGUAUCACGACGGCUUGGAACCGAAGACCAUCGUGUGGGUUGCCAACAGGGAUGAACCAGUUAAUUCCACCACCGCCUGGGUUUUCGGCAUCGGGGAAGAUGGUAAUAUCGUGCUUUCCGAUACAAGUAGCCGUACUAUACCGUUGACCACUUUAGCAGGCAUUUCAUCUCCUUCCACGAGGAUGUUGAAGCUCCUGGAUUCUGGGAAUCUGGUUUUAAGUGAAGGUUUUAGUAACGUCUGGCAAAGUUUUCUUAAUCCUACUGAUACAUUUCUUCCUGGUAUGAAGAUUAGUGAAGUCCUUGUGUUGACUUCAUGGAGAAAUCAAACCGACCCAUCAUCGGGAUCCUUCAUUUUCCGGCGAGAUAGAGACGUGGAUAACCAGUACAGCAUCAUUAAAAACGAGUUACUGUAUUGGACAAGCGGGUUAUCUGUUAUCGGCGAUGAGAUUCUGCCUCUUAUUUCCUUAAUGUCGCACAGUAACAGUAGAAUCAAAGCUUGUAUUUUAAAGAAUUGCAGUAACAUGCCAAUCCAAACCCAAAGCUACAACUACAACAACACCAGAUUAGUGAUGGGUUUCGAUGGGAAGUUGCGGUUCUUCAGAAGGGAUAAUCAGACGGAUGAAUGGUCUUCGAACUGGUCCGAGCCGACGGACGGAUGUAGCGUGUUUGAUGUUUGUGGUAAAUCUGGUACUUGCAAUAACAAAAACGUGGUGCAUUGCAAGUGUUUACCGGGCUACAAGCCACAGUCACCGGAAAAUUGGAAUCAGGGAGAGUUUUCAGAAGGGUGCAUAAGAAAAUAUCCGGUAUGCGGCGAACACGGCAACGAGUUCUUGAACUUAAGCAUGAUAAAAGUGCAAAAGCCGAAUUUAGUAAUUGAAGUCGAUGAAAGUAAGUGCAAGAGCAAGUGCCUUGAGACCUGCCAUUGUCAAGCUUAUUCAUUUGCUGAAACUGAUGCAUAUCUAAGAGGUGAGAGUAAUAGUACUUGCAGCAUUUGGACAGAUGACCUGAAAAACUUUCAGGAAUCAUAUGCAAAUGGAGGUAUUGGUCUCCAUCUCCGUGUGCCGAUUUCUGAAAUAGAGAACAGGACUUGUGGGAUUUGUGGCACUAACAUCGUUCCCUAUCCUCUUAGCACUCGACCAAACUGUGGCGAUCCGAAGUACUUCAAAUUCGACUGCCAAACUGAAUAUGACACUGGUCUGGUUACCUUCAAUGCAAGCGGUAGAACCUACCGAGUCAGUAGAAUCGAUCAGGAGACACGAAGGUUUUCCAUCCAAGUCGAAAAAUGCAGGUCAGGGGAUUCAAUGAAAAAGCUGUUGCAGCUCCCUCGGUCUUCUCCAUUUUUCGUCAACAGCUCGUGUCAUGUUACAAAGGAUAAUUUCAGUGAAGAUUCUAUGAGGGAUGAUAAAUGGUUUUAUGAAGUCGAAAUCGAGUGGCGUCCACCGUCAGAGCCGAUCUGCGGUUCGUCAAAAGACUGCAAGGAUUGGCCGGACUCAUCUUGCAAUGUAGCACCAGAUGGAAAAAGUAGAUGCAUCUGCAAUUCGCCCUCUACAUGGGAUCCAUCACAAGCCAGUUGCACUCGAGAAAGUCUAGAAUCUAUCAAUGGACAUUUGGAGAAAAAGAAGCCACCAUAUUGGAUCUUCCUAGGUGUCAUCACGGCUAUGCUGUUCAUCUUGUGCGUAGCUUUUGCUUGGAACGUUAAAACGAGGAGGAGACAAAUGCUCAAUCGACGAGGAAAUCUGGAACUGAGCUUGUACAACAGUGAGAGACGUGUCAUAGACUUCAUAAAUUCACAUGACUUCAAAGAAGAUGAUAAAAAAGAUAUAGAUAUACCACAUUUCAGUCUGGAAAGCAUAUUAAUCGCCACCGAUAACUUCGCCGAAGCAAACAAGCUCGGACAAGGCGGCUUCGGGCCUGUUUACAAGGGUACCCUUCCACGGGGACAAGAAAUCGCCAUAAAGAGGCUCUCGAGAGGUUCAGGCCAAGGCUUAGAGGAAUUCAAGAACGAAGUUGUUUUGAUCGCCAAGCUCCAACACCGAAAUCUUGUCAGACUUCUAGGCUACUGUGUUAAAGGAUACGAGAAAAUGUUGAUCUAUGAAUAUAUGCCCAACAGAAGUCUGGAUUCCUUCAUAUUCGACCGAACGCGGUGCGUGUUGUUGAACUGGGAAAAGCGCACGGACAUAAUCUUCGGAAUCGCUCGAGGACUGCUUUAUCUGCACCAAGAUUCUAGGCUGAGGAUUGUUCACAGAGACUUGAAAACGAGCAACAUUCUUCUGGACGAUGAGAUGAACCCAAAAAUUUCUGAUUUCGGCUUGGCUCGGAUUUUCGGAGGCAAACAAGUAGAGGCAAACACAGAGAGAGUAGUUGGCACAUACGGCUACAUGUCGCCGGAGUACGCACUCGACGGUUUUUUCUCGAUCAAAUCGGACGUUUUCAGUUUUGGUGUGGUACUGCUUGAAACCAUCAGCGGAAAAAGGAACACAGGAUUCUAUCAAGCCGAACAACCCUUAAGCCUACUAGGCUAUGCUUGGAGGCUGUGGAAGGAAGGCAGGGCUUUCGAUUUAGCCGAUAAGUCAUUCCGGGAAGCCUGCGACGAAGAUGAGUAUAUCAGGUGUGUUAAUGUGGGACUGUUAUGCGUACAAGAAGACCCGAGCGAGCGUCCCACCAUGUCGAAUGUGCUGUUUAUGCUCGGGAGUGAAACCCCGAGUCUUCCGAUCCCGAAACAGCCUGCGUAUGUUGUACGAAGGUCUCUUUCAGGCUCGGCUUCUUCUUCCAGCCAACAGCAGUGGAAUGCAGAACUUAGCACCAGCACAUUGGAAGAGGGCAGAUGAAUCAUUUCUUUUUCCGUGUUGGACUUCGUCUUCACCAUUUAUUUUUCUUCAAAAUGUGUAGAAAACCGAGGGCAAAGACUUCACAGCUAGAGUCAAUGGCGUCUACUGUUCUGGAUUUA